AUGGCCGUGCCGCUGGGGCUGCUGCUGGCCCUGCUGGGCUGCACUGCGGCGCUGGACCUUGCCUUGGAGGAGGCGUGGGAAGGCUGGAAGAGCCUCUACGCCAAGGAGUACACGAGGGAGGCUGAGGCUGUCCGCAGGGAGGUCUGGGAGAAGAACCUGCGGCGCAUCGAGCAGCACAACCGCGAGGAGUCUCGGGGGCAGCACACGUUCCGCCUGGCCAUGAACCACUACGGGGACAUGACGGAUGAGGAGUUCAACCAGCUCCUGAACGGCUUCACCCCGGCGCGGCAGGAGGAGCCGGUGCUGCUCUUCCAGGCAUCGGCAGCUCUGAAGACGCCGGCAGAAGUGGACUGGCGGGCAAAGGGCUACGUGACGCCUGUGAAGAACCAGGGGCACUGCGGGUCGUGCUGGGCAUUCAGUGCCACGGGGGCCCUUGAGGGACUCGUCUUCAACCAGACGGGGAAGCUGGUGGUGCUGAGCGAGCAGAACCUCAUCGACUGCUCUCGGAAGCUGGGCAACAACGGCUGCCACGGCGGCUACAUGACCCGCGCCUUCCAGUACGUGCGUGAGAACGGCGGCUUGAACUCGGAGCACAUCUACCCCUACCUGGCCACGGACACCUCCAGCUGCAAAUACAACCCCCAGGACAGGGCGGCCAACUGCUCUGCCAUCUGGCUGGUGGCCAAGGGCAGCGAGGCGGCGCUGGAGCAGGCAGUGGCAACUGUGGGUCCUGUGUCUGUGGCAGUGGAUGCCAGUGGUUUCUUCUUCCACUUCUACAAGUCAGGUGUCUUCAGCAGCAUGUUUUGCAGCCAGCAGGUGAACCACGGGAUGUUAGCCGUGGGCUAUGGCACCAGCCAGGAGGGCGGGAAGAACGUGAGCUACUGGAUCCUAAAGAACAGCUGGUCGGAGGUGUGGGGUGAGCAGGGCUACAUCCGCCUGCUGAAGGGCGCCGACAACCACUGCGGGGUGGCCAGCCAGGCCAGCUUUCCUCUGCUGUGA